AUGGUCCACAAGGAAGAGCCGCCUCCCUUCCUGGAUGUGAGAACAAGCACCAGAGCUGUCUGUCUCCAUCCUUAUCAGCGCAGGCACUCGCAUACAUACAGACACACACAUACAUACUGCUCUUCCAGCGACACAAAGAACACCCCACCUGCAGGCAAAGCAAUCAGGAUAAAGCACUACAAAAAAAGGGCUCAUGGAGACUGCUCUGAUUUUCCUGUGUUCUGCCUUGGUUCCAGUACUCGGUGCCAGUGAGGAAAACAAGGAGUCGAAUCCAUUCGAUUAUGAUUAUCAAAACCUGCGGAUCGGAGGACUUGUUUUUGCAGUUGUGCUCUUCACUCUGGGUAUCCUCCUGAUACUGAGCCGAAGGUGCAGAUGCAACAAUCUUAACCAAAAACAAAGGGCUCCAGGAGAUGAAGAAGCUCAGGCAGAAAAUCUCAUUGUCUCCAAAGCUCAGGGAUCCCAGAAAACAGAGAACUGACAAGAUAACCUGCUAUCCAAGAAUUAAACUACGCAAAAAAAGAAA